AUGAUUAUAGUAACAAUAGUCCUCCUUUUUCUUCUCUCUAUCCAAACACUAGUAAUCCUCCUCAAACUCCCACACCGGAACCAAACCCCAAUCAAGGCCCGCUCCCCACCGGGCCCGCCCGGCCUGCCCUUCAUCGGAAACCUCCACCAGCUUGCCUCUGCGAAAGCUUUACACAUCUACCUAUGGCGCCUCUCGCGGAGAUACGGGCCUAUCAUACAGCUCAAGCUGGGCUCCGUCCCGACCAUAGUCAUCUCCUCCGCAGAAUUGGCCGAGCAAGUGAUGAAGGCCCAAGAUCUGGCCUUCUGCAGCCGGCCCAAUCUCGUCGGGCCCAAAAAGCUCAGCUACAACUGCGUGGACAUGGUGUUCUCACCCUACGGCGACUACUGGCGGGAGCUGCGGAAAAUCACGGCCGUCCAUUUACUCAGCAUGAAAAAGGUUCGGUCUUUUCGUCCGGUUCGUGAGGACGAAGUUUUCCGCAUGGUCUCGAGAGUCUCGUCUAAGCCGAUCGUCGACUUGAGCCACGUGGCCAUGGCUCUGGGGAACACUUUGAUCUGUAGGGUCGCGUUUGGCAAGAGGUAUGACGAGGAAGGGUACGAGCAGCGGAGGUUUGAUAAGCUACUGCAUGACGCUCAGGCCUUGCUGGCCGCCUUUUACGUGUCUGAUUAUUUCCCGGCGUUCGGUUGGGUGGAUAAGAUAUCUGGUAUGAUUAGUCGGCUGGAGUCGACUUUCGAGAAGCUGGACUCGUUCUAUCAGGAGCUUAUUUACGAGCAUAUGAGUAAGAGGAGGGAUGGUGGUGCACUGGAGGAUGAUGCUGAUAUUCUUGAUGUCUUGAUCCGGCUCAAAGAGGAUAAAUCGUGCUCGGUUGAUCUCGACUGGGAUGUUAUUAAGUCUUUGCUUACGGAUAUAUUUAUUGCCGCAUCAGAUACGAGCACAGCCUCGAUCGUGUGGACCAUGACGGUCCUAAUAAAAGCCCCACACAUCAUGCACAAAGUACAAGCCGAGAUCAGGAACACAAUAGACGCAAAGGGUUACGUAGACGAAGACGACGUACCCAAACUUCCCUAUCUAAAAGCCGUCAUAAACGAGACUUUACGAUUAUACCCUCCAGCCCCCAUGCUUGUUCCGAGACAAACGACGCAAAAAUGCUUCCUAGGAGGAUACGAAAUCCAACCAAAGACCUUGGUUUACGUGAAUGCAUGGGCCGUUGCAAGGGAUCCUCAGUACUGGGAAAAUCCGCACGAGUUCCAGCCCGAGAGAUUUUUGAACUCGAAUGUGGAUGUAAAGGGGCAGGAUUUUGGGGUGAUCCCGUUUGGAUCGGGCAGGAGAAUUUGUCCCGGGUUGCAUAUGGGCCUCGCAAAUGUAGAGCUGGCACUCGCGAAUCUGCUCUACUCGUUCGACUGGGACCUGCCGCCUGGUGUUAAGCCGCGGGAUAUUGAUACUGAUGUUUUGCCGGGAAUCACCACGCAUAAAAGAAAUGCACUCGUCCUUGUGCCUAAGAAGUAUGUUCCUUAG